AUGAUUAAAUUUGAUCAUGCGGGUUUGGGCGGCUGGGGGCAGAACGCCCGCUACAGCUCUUUGAUCCUCAAAUUCGGCGAAGAUACGACAGUCCGACUUUUCGAAUCAAUGUCUGGAGGCAUGGGCGUGGAUUUUCUCUGCUCCUUUGAGGCGCUAUUCUUCAGAGUAACCUGGAUUUUAUUAGAAAAACUCGGACUAUAUUCAUUGCUUGUAUCUCUAGAACCUGGGAUGAAAAGUGCAGAGUUAGAGGAGCGGUGCGAGGAUUUUGAUCGGAUUAACUGCUCCGACAAUAUAAAUACAGUAAUUUUGAAUAAGUCAAUCGUUUUCACAAAUGAGAGCUACGGUGGGCUGGUCACCUUAUGUAAUUGCUGCCCCUCGUUGGACCUUGGGUCAAGGCCAAUGUUAACUACAUUUGCGCCUAAUGAAGGCAAAUUCUACAAGACUCCGGUAUCCAAUUAUAUACACCUCUCUAAGUUACUUUUGGGGUCCUCAGUCGAUGCUCGCACUCGGUUUAAGACUGAGGCAUCAACAAUCGAAGGUCUAAAGAUAGAUGUCUCGUGGACACACAUGUUCUGCGCCAUGCAAGACUCUCUACAGAUUGAUGCUGUCUGUAUCGUACAAGAUGACAAGCAACAUUGGGAACAAGAUGCUGCGAGCAUAGGCCUUGUCUUUAGCAACGUCCAUUACAAUAUACGCCUUAGGGUCUUCCCCAUAUUGCUAGGGCUUUCUAGACAGACCUGGCCCACCGUAUCUAUACCAUUCUUGACCACCAUCUCUCCUUCAGUCAAAGUUACAUGCCCUCUUCGUGCGUAUGCUUCGAAACAGCAUCUAAAGGUGCUCCAGGGCUCUGAUACCAUAGAUCAUAAAGAAAAGCCUUGGCUGAUUCAAAUCACACUUAGAUGGGAGGUGACAACGUUACCGACAUUUACUCGUAGUCCUUUCAACAGCAAAGCGCUACUAGCAAUGUCUGGUCUUGCAAAUCUCACUUCCCUAGAAAGGGGCGAUAUGUAUUUUGCCGGGUUCUGGAACUCAGAUCUCAUCAGCGGACUCUGGCCAUAUUUUAAGACUUUUGAACAAGAAAUCUUUAAUCACAACCUUUCAAAUUGUGAUGCCCAAACGCAACUGUUUGCUUACGUUCACUCUCUAUUCCUCCUAAACAACGAUGAUGACUCCCAGCCUGAAUGCGAAAUAUCCCGUGCCUCGUCAGAUUCUGCUAAAAGGGAACUGAAUCCAUUUGGCAGUGUCGAGAAUGGCAGACUCUCUGUAUUUGUAUUGACCGCGGACUUAGAACGAGUCUAUCCAGGACAGCUGCGUUUAAGUUUGGAAAGUUGA